GAAGAUCAUAGUAAACAAAGCGGGAGUUUACGUUUGCUCCAUUUAAUUGCAACCUCCCAAAUUAAAGUCCCCCCUAAAGCAAAAGCCAUUUUAUUCCCUCUCAUUCUUUAUUUUUAUUAUUUAAUUUUGUUAUUCCGAUAAUAUUUAUAUCACUUCUCCGCUAUAUCCCCUUUUCACUCCACUCAAAAAAUGGCUUUGCCUGAAGAACACCAAGCUUUACUUGAAACCUCCGACGAGGUCCAGCAAGAGACAGCCUACGAGCCGACAGAGAAAGUCCACAUCGUCGUCGGCGUCGGCGAAGAAGUCGAUGACUACACCACGCCGCCGUUUUCGUGGCGCAAGCUGUGGCUAUUCACUGGGCCCGGGUUCUUGAUGAGCAUAGCUUUUUUGGAUCCGGGGAAUCUCGAAGGGGAUCUUCAAGCGGGCGCGAUCGCGGGCUACUCUUUGUUGUGGCUGCUUUUGUGGGCCACUGUUAUGGGCCUUCUGGUCCAGCUACUUUCGGCUCGGCUUGGUGUGGCUACGGGCCGCCACUUAGCUGAGCUUUGUCGGGAGGAGUAUCCUACAUGGGCCGGGAUGUUGUUGUGGGUCAUGGCUGAGGUGGCACUUAUCGGGUCGGAUAUCCAGGAAGUUAUUGGAAGUGCUAUUGCUAUCAAGAUUCUUAGCAAUGGCGUUUUGCCUCUCUGGGCUGGCGUUGUUAUCACUGCUUCUGAUUGCUUCAUAUUCCUUUUUCUCGAGAACUAUGGAGUAAGGAAAUUAGAAGCACUUUUUGCUUUCCUUAUUGCAACCAUGGCAGUCUCAUUUGCGUGGAUGUUUGGGGAAACUAAACCUGAUGGCUCGGAACUUGCUCUGGGUGUCAUUGUUCCAAAACUUAGCUCAAGAACCAUACAACAGGCUGUGGGAGUAGUUGGUUGCAUUAUUAUGCCUCACAAUGUGUUUUUGCAUUCUGCUCUUGUACAGUCCAGAGAAGUUGAUCACCGCAAAAUAGGACGAGUCCAAGAAGCUCUCAAUUAUUUCUCAAUAGAGUCCGCUGUUGCACUGACCAUCUCCUUCAUGAUCAAUUUAUUUGUCACAACUGUGUUUGCGAAGGCAUUUUAUGGUACCGAUAUAGCCAACAGUAUUGGCCUGGGGAACGCAGGUCAAUAUCUUCAAGAAAAAUAUGGCGGUGGACUGUUACCAAUUCUGUACAUUUGGGCUAUUGGAUUGUUAGCAGCAGGCCAGAGUAGCACGAUCACUGGCACUUAUGCUGGGCAGUUUAUCAUGGGAGGUUUCCUGAACUUGCGCAUGAAAAAAUGGAUAAGGGCAUUGAUUACGAGGAGUUUUGCUAUCAUCCCAACAUUGAUUGUAGCACUAAUUUUCGAUACAUCGGAGGAUGCUCUAGAUGUUCUUAAUGAAUGGCUUAAUGUGCUUCAGUCAAUACAGAUCCCUUUUGCACUUAUUCCCCUCCUUUGCUUGGUGUCCAAAGAAGACCUAAUGGGUGUUUUCAAGAUUGGCCCGAUUCUCAAGACGGUGUCGUGGCUUGUGGCUGCCCUGGUAAUAGUGAUCAACGGGUAUCUGUUAGUGGAUUUUUUCUCAUCUGAAGUUAAAGGGCUGGCACUUACUUCUACCAUAGCUGUUGCAACUACUGGAUAUGUAGUGUUUAUUGUCUACCUCGUGUCUCGAGGAUUUACAUUUUCCAUGAGUGGCUUGUACAAAGCAAGAGAAUAGUCAUAAAAUAGGUAUUUACUUGCUCGUUUCUCUGUAGACUAAAUCAAAGAUCAAUGCUCUGGAAGCCUGCUUUGCCAGACUCUGAGCUUCCUAGGUGCUCAAAGACUUCUAUAUUACGAACUGUACUCUUGUAACUUCUUGUCACUGUUUUGAUGGAUCAUCUGUGUAGAAGCAGUAAUUUCUCAGUGCUGCUUCAUAAUCCCAGCCCAUAUCUAUGAGCAAUGUGAUUACAAGGCAUUGUAACUGUAACAUUUUCGUUUAAAUUAUAGUCUGGCCUCGAGUUGAUUAUGAGCCAACGAGCGAAACAUUUGUAGACAGUUUACAGUGUACCAACAUUAACUAUUGUUAUAGAGCUCAGUUUUAUCGUUUUCUCGAUUA